ACUGGCAUAUAGAUAACAAAUCAUAAUUUUACAAGAAUUUAUGUCGAAUUGAUCACAUUUAUCGGUCUAUAUGAACAGUGAUAAUUUCAAAUAUUACUGAAUUUGUUGCAUUUGUUCAGUAGCGCCGCCUUCUCAGCUAUGUUUAUAUAUGCUUUCUACGUAAAAAUACAUAACAGUUUGUAUGAAUAUUAAAAUGACAAGUCAUGGCAGAUUUAAGUUUAGACGAGGCGAGAAAGAAGAUAUGUUUGCAGUUCACGAAAUGAUUCAAGAAUUGGCCGAUUAUGAGAAAAUGAGUGAUGGUCCUCAACAAACCUUGGAAGAUUUAAAACGUGACUGUCACAUCGACUAUUGUCACAUCUAUGUUUUGGAUUACCUGAAGGAUGAAACCGAAAAAGUAAUCAUCGGUUAUGCAAUAUGUUAUUUUUCGUACUCAACAUGGCUAGGGAAGUGUUAUUUUCUGGAAGACAUCUAUGUAAGACCUGCCUAUAGACGUUUAGGAGCCGGUUCAUUUAUGUUUCGACAGAUUGCAACUCAAGCACAAGCAUAUCAAUGCAAGCGGAUUGAUUUUCAUGUGCUUUCAUGGAAUCCAGCAACGGAAUUUUAUAAAAAACUUGGAGCUUUCGAUUUGACAGAGACCGAAGCUUGGCAUUAUUACCGACUAAACGAGAAAGGAAUCAAUCAAGUGGUGAAAGGUUUAAACAACAUUGAUUGAAGUGCUAGAUGAUGCCUGCAAAGGCAAUAAGAUUUAACUUGAAUUAUAAAAUAAAAUGAAAUGGAGAACUCAUUUCCAUGUGUAUAUUCGAAUACUUCUUUGACUAUGCAAUUCGUUUGCAGAUGG